CCAUUUUUUAUGAAAAAAUUUAUGAUGAAUGUGUUGUUCUUCAAAAUUGAUAGAAGCAUUUUUACUUUUUUGUUCAUUUAUUUGAACAUGUAAUAUAUUUUUAAUAAAUGAUUGUGUUGACAAUAUGACUCUAAAAUUCAUAUAAUAUGAUCUCAAACAAAAUAAUUAUGUUUUUUAGUAUAAAAUCGAAUGAACCAAAAACCGACGGUAUAUAAACCGAACCGAACCAAAAUAAAUAUGGAUUUAGAAUGGUAGUUAUAUUUUACUAACCGAAAUACCAAAAACCGAAAAAACCAAACCGAAAUCGAACCGAUAUCCGGAUUGAACACCCCUAGUUUUUACUUGUAACUAUAUAUACUCGUCUGAGACAAUGAAUAUAUGCAUCCUUAUCCACAACUUUAGUUUUCUGAGUCACGUUUUCACUUGCACCUAUUGUGGUCGUAUUGGUCAUGAAGAGAAGACAUGCUAUCAACUUCAUGGGUUUCCAUCAGAUUCUGAAGUUUCUGAGCCUCAGUCAAGCAUACCAGUAAUUAAUAAUCAUAACAAUGGAUCUCAAUCUCUCAACCAAAAAACCCAUCAGAGAUAAUAGAGACUCUAGACCCUAGGGCUGUCAAAGAGAAUGCAUACUGGUUAUACAAAGAUCCUCAUGGUGAUUGAUAUACACGAACCUUUCUCUCUAGCACAACUCAAAGCUUGGAACGACGCAGACCACUUCUUCAACAACUUCAAGGCCCGUCUGGAUGUUGGGGGGCAGAGCCUGGAAUCUGCAGUUUUACUAACCGAUGUUACUUCUUCCAGUUUUUAGCUGAAGACGAGAUUCAGUGAAAGUGGUUUCAGUUAUCUUUUUAUUCUCUUUAGAUUGCAUAAGGGUUGCUCCUCCUUUUAUAUAAACAGCAAAUAAAGAAAAAGGGUGUGAAGCUUUACCAACCAUUCUUCAAUGAGAGUUUGUUUUUUUUUCAAAAUCAUUGCUUUUCAAGAUUCUUGUCCUAUAUUUAUAAUGUUGGCAAAAAGCCUGAAACACAAAUAUGGGAUUUAUGGAAAAUUAAAUCAAUGUUUGUGAGAGAAGUUGCAAUGACUUCCUUAGUCUUGCAUAAUAUAUUAUCAUACUAUAUAGGGAAAUGUAUUUUGUAUUUUUUUUCCUAAUACUGACGAGUGAAGAAGAAUACGACCUUGACUAGUUUAAUUAAGGUUACCAAAAUUACAAAAGUUGCCAAAGUUUAAAAUAGUAUAAAAGUUACUAUAAGUCUCUAACUGCAGAAAUAACAAAAACAAAACUUUCGUAUGAUAAUAAAUAAAUUAAUGAGUGCUGCUGGAUAUUAAAUAUUGUAAUAAACAAUGUUAAAGAGAGAAAAAACAAUUUUAAUAAAUUAGAAAGAAAAUAAAAACGAGAAAAAACCCAAUUUCUCCGAGGUCACAACUCGAAAAAACUCAGAGAGAGCUUGCGAAGAAGAAGAAGAAGAAGCUUUUAUAAAGUUCUCUCCAUUUUCCGAGAGCUAAAUGUUGAUUGGUUAGAUGAGAAUUUGAGAUUGCUCAAGUUUCGAUUUCACGAUGGACAACGGGCACGAGGAGAGACUCGCCGAGAAGUUCUCAGGAGUGGGUCUCAGAGAAUCUUCCAAUGAAAACGAUAGCUUGUUCCAGGUCAUCAAAGCCGUUGAAGCUGCCGAAGCCACAAUCAAGCAACAGGUGGAGGAGAAUAACCUCUUAAAGUCUGAACUUCAGAGAAGAUAUCUCGAGCUUGCCAAAUAUAAAUCAGGUGAAGCCACGCCCCAAGCAUCUCACUCCGCUGGAUCUUCCCCGUUGCAUCAGUCAGUUGAUCGGAGGAAGGGCGUGAUCAGUGCUCCAGGUGCUGGUUCAUCAGGUAUGCUAGUUGUUCACCAUCCAAAUGGAGAGGAAGCUACUGUGAGUAAUCGUUUCGAAGACCGUUCUGAUGGAAUCAUGACUAAUGGCGUAGUAAGAGGAGCCUCUCAGUUGUCUUCUACGCCGUCUACAAUAUCACUAUCUCCUAUGAGAUUGGAAGGAGAACGUGACUCGCACAUCAUUUCGUCUACUCAUGAGUUGAUGCCAGUAGGUGAAGUAAAUAAUUCGGGGAGCGCAUGGAAGCAGGAGCUUAUUCACAAGGUCAACGAACAGGAACAAGAGAUUGUGCGGUUACGAAAAUAUCUUGCUGAUUAUGCUGUCAAGGAAGCUCAAACACGCAAUGAGAAAUAUGUUUUGGAAAAGCGUAUUGCGCACAUGCGAUUGGCAUUUGAUCAACAACAACAGGACCUUGUUGAUGCUGCAUCAAAAGCACUCUCUUAUAGACAAGAGAUUAUUGAAGAAAAUAUUCGCCUGACAUAUGCCUUACAGGCUGCAGAACAGGAGAGAUCUACAUUUGUAUCGUACUUGUUGCCUCUUCUAUCUGAAUAUUCGCUGCAUCCACAGAUCUCUGAUUCUCAGUCUAUUGUUAGCAAUGUCAAGGUUCUAUUUAGGCAUCUGCAGGAGAAGCUCCUUUUUACUGAGACAAAGCUAAAGGAGACAGAGUACCAAUUAGCACCUUGGCAGUCAGAUGUAAAUCACUCAAAUGCUUCGCCUUUAUCACCAUAUCAUCCUGUUGGUGUGACUUUGAGAUACUCAACAGAACCAGAACAGUAUCACCAAGAUGGGCGUAGUGUACCAGCCGCGAGUAAUUACCAUCUUGAUGGUCCUCAGAGUAGAUCACCAGCCUUUCAGAUGCCUGUGCAACCAGCUUUUAAUCAAGAUGAAUCUCAUGGACCAAAUAACCGUGUUCAGUUUCGUGAGCCUCUCAGCAAUACAUUUAUGGACGAUCCAUAUGCAGAAGUACAAGCAGAUACAAAUCAAACUUUGGAAAAUGCGAAUUAUGCAGCUGAGUUUGAUGAGCCAAGCCCCUCAAAUUACCCCAAUUUGCCCCCAGUUCUUGAAGAGCCAACUUCAUCUUUUUCUGAGGCUGCAGAUGAUGAUCCGUUGCCAGGGAUAGCAGACCUACAGAUAUCAGGAGAACCUUUUCCUGGACGAGAGCUUCUGGCUUCUGGACACUCCAUCCAUGGAACGACAAAAUGUAAUUUUGAGUGGGUGCGGCAUCUGGAAGAUGGAUCAGUGAAUUACAUUGAUGGAGCAAAGAAGCCAAAUUAUCUUGUUACUGCCGAUGAUGUUGAUUUAUAUCUUGCAAUUGAAGUUCACCCCUUGGACGAUAAGAAUCGCAAGGGGGAGCUUGUGAAGGUCUUUGCCAAUGAUAAUUGCAAGAUUACAUGUCAUCCAGAGAUGCAGAGUCAUAUAGAGAAGAAUCUUCAUAACAGCCAUGCAUCGUUCAAGGUUUCCUAUGCAAUUGGUUAUAUGGAUAUAUGGGAAGCAGCUACUUUGUCUAUCAAGAAAGAAGGCUAUAGCAUCAAACCAAGUAACGAUCCUGUAAUUACAGAAAAGUUCUCCUCUUCUACCACUGUUGCGAUUCCCUUUGAACAGCCUGCGGAUUUUGUGAUUAUUGGUAGUGAUGGCGUGGAGCAUCUCUUUCGGGUGGAUAAUGAUGCAACGGAUUUUAGCUGCUCAAGGGACACAAUUGUGCUCACCCUCAGAUUAUUUAUUAAGAAGGCUCUGCAGAGAAAGAAGGGCAAGAAAAAAGGAUUUUUGUUUAACAAAUGAGUUUUUGGUAAAUAAAAUAUUGUUGGCUCUUUUUCUCUGACAAUAUUAGAGAUAGUCCUUGACUGAUUGUGAAAUGUUAUGCAAGUCUUGAUGUAGCUGAUUAAAAAAACAAUUCAAUCAAUUUCAGUACAGAA